AUGACUCUGGAGUCCAUGAUGGCGUGUUGCCUCAGCGAUGAGGUGAAGGAGUCCAAGAGGAUCAACGCCGAGAUCGAGAAGCAGCUGCGGAGGGAUAAGCGCGACGCCCGUCGCGAGCUCAAGCUGCUGCUGCUCGGCACGGGUGAGAGCGGGAAGAGCACGUUCAUUAAGCAGAUGCGCAUCAUCCACGGGGCUGGCUACUCGGAGGAGGAUAAGCGGGGCUUCACCAAGCUGGUCUACCAGAACAUCUUCACUGCCAUGCAGGCCAUGAUCCGGGCCAUGGAGACUCUGAAGAUCCUGUACAAGUACGAGCAGAACAAGGCCAACGCGCUCCUGAUCCGGGAAGUGGACGUGGAAAAGGUGACGACAUUUGAGCACCGGUACGUCAACGCCAUCAAGACCCUGUGGAAUGACCCUGGCAUCCAGGAGUGCUAUGACCGGAGGCGGGAGUACCAGCUCUCCGACUCCGCCAAAUACUACCUGACCGAUGUGGACCGCAUUGCCACCUCGGGCUACCUGCCCACCCAGCAGGACGUGCUGCGGGUCCGUGUGCCCACCACCGGCAUCAUCGAGUACCCGUUUGACCUGGAGAACAUCAUCUUCAGGAUGGUGGAUGUGGGAGGACAGAGGUCCGAGAGGAGGAAGUGGAUUCACUGCUUUGAGAAUGUGACAUCCAUCAUGUUCCUCGUGGCCCUUAGUGAAUACGACCAAGUCCUGGUGGAGUCGGACAACGAGAACCGCAUGGAGGAGAGCAAAGCCCUGUUCCGGACCAUCAUCACCUACCCCUGGUUCCAGAACUCAUCAGUCAUCCUCUUCCUCAAUAAGAAGGACCUGCUGGAGGACAAGAUCCUGUACUCCCACCUGGUGGACUACUUCCCCGAGUUUGAUGGGCCUCAGCGGGAUGCGCAGGCUGCCCGGGAGUUCAUCCUGAAGAUGUUCGUGGACCUGAACCCUGACAGCGACAAGAUCAUCUACUCGCACUUCACGUGCGCCACCGACACGGAGAACAUCCGCUUUGUCUUCGCGGCCGUCAAGGACACCAUCCUGCAGCUCAACCUGAAGGAGUACAACCUGGUGUGA